AUGGCUCCCCUUUCAAUAAUCGAGUCAUUACGCCAGCAGAUUGCAUCAUGUGAAGCGCAGCUCCAAGAUCUCCGUCAGCAGCUGGCCGAGGCCCAGGACCAAUACCAGCAACGCGAACAGGACAGGUGGCGGCAAGUCACCACAAACGAUCCGCUCACACAUGACAUGACGUACGGUAUCCAUGAUGACUUCCGCUCUGAAGUAUUUGCAGCCCUCUCCCAGGUCGAAGAAGAGCACCCGGUAUCCAGAAGAUGGCCUCUCGAUAGGUCAGAAUACAAAAGAUAUGGCCGUCAGCUGAUCAUGCCUGAAAUAGGCCUGCAAGGUCAACUUUGUCUGAAGAAUGCUUCAGUUUUGAUCAUAGGAGUGGGUGGGCUAGGAUGCCCAGCCGCUGCAUACCUUGUUGGAGCAGGUGUUGGAACAGUGGGAUUAGUUGAUGGAGAUAUUGUGGAAGAAUCUAAUCUACAUCGACAAAUCCUGCACUCUACCGUGAAAGUUGGUAUGAGUAAGGUUGAUAGUGCGAGAGUAUCGUUAAGCUCACUUAAUCCCAACGUCAAAAUUGUUCCCCACCCUUCCCGUCUUACUCCCGAGUCGGCUAUUUCUGUCAUCCAACCCUACAACCUGGUCCUUGACUGCACAGAUACCCCAGCUUCUCGCUACCUGAUCUCUGACACCUGCGUUCUCCUGGGAAAACCGCUUGUUUCAGCGUCAGCACUCCGCACCGAUGGCCAACUCAUAGUUCUAAAUAAUCCUGCGCUUCCUCCAGGAGACACCCGUGGCGGACCUUGUUAUCGAUGCGUCUUCCCGAAACCCCCACCUCCUGAGUCCGUUAUUUCUUGUGGCGAUGGGGGGAUUCUGGGACCAGUGGUUGGCGUUAUGGGAAUCCUGCAGGCACUGGAGGCUAUCAAAGUUCUGACGCAGAAUGCGCAACGGCCCUUGGCAUCAGCAUCAUCAACCCCAGGAAACAUGACCUCAGAACCUCUUCCCCGAGAUCCACCAACCCUGCUCAUAUUCUCCGCUUACGCAAAUCCUAUGUUUCGUUCCAUUCGCCUGCGGUCUCGGAAACCGAAGUGCGCGACUUGCUCGGCGCAGGCAAGCGUUACGCCAGAAGCACUUAAUUCGGGAAGCUUGGAUUAUGUGCAGUUUUGUGGGAGCGUCAAUCCCGUGGAUGCACUGACGCCGAACGAGCGCAUUUCCGUCGAAAACUACGCGAAAAUCCGGAUAGAGGUGAAUCCAUUUACAGGCAUGACUCCGAGUAAAGAUAGUCAUAUCCUAGUGGAUGUCCGCGAGAAAGUGCAAUUCGAUCUUUGCAGCCUCGAGGGUAGUGUCAACAUUCCUUUCUCUACUGUCUCUGGCACAUCUUCAAAUGCGACGAACGGCACAGAUCCCGGUAAUGAAGAACGAGGUUGGGUUUCGGCAUUGAGGAAACCUUCGGAUAAGCCUAUCUUCGUGGUCUGCAGGCUCGGGAACGACUCGCAACUAUCUGUUAGGAAGAUGAAAGAACUGGGGCUUGAUUAUGGGGGACAGCGCUGGAUAGGUGAUAUUAAAGGUGGGCUGAGGGCUUGGAGGGAGAAUGUCGAGCCGGAUUUCCCCGACUAUUGAUGCACGCAUUUGAUGCGCUGUCAUUCGCAUCACGAAGCUAUUUCGAUGUAUUGCUAAAGCACUGCUCCCUUCAUAU